AUGGGGGACAGCCCUAACCGUUGCUUUCUGAGUGGCAAGGGCUUAUCAUCUGGGGAUCCUCAACAUGAUGCUGACAAGACGUCUCUCCAGAAGAGUCUCUCCAGAUCAGAACAUCUCAAUAAACACAAGCAGAGACUUAUAGGGAAGAAACCUCACCACCGCUGCUUUGAAUGUAGGAAGAGUUUUUCUGAACAGAGAGAAUUGAUCAUUCACCAGCGGACUCACGCUGGAGAGAAACCUUAUUGCUGUGAUCAGUGUGGGAAGAGUUUCAGGAAGUCAGAACACCUGACUACACACCAACGCAUACACACAGGAGAGAAGCCUUAUAGCUGUGAUCAGUGUGGGAAGAGCUUCAAUCAUUCAGGACACCUGACUACGCACCAACGCAUACACACAGGAGAGAAGCCUUAUAGCUGUGAUCAGUGUGGGAAGAGCUUCAAUGAUUCAGGAUCCCUGAUUAAACACCAACGCAUACACACAGGAGAGAAGCCUUAUAGCUGUGAUCAGUGUGGGAAGAGCUUCAAUCAAUCAGGAAACCUGACUACACACCAGCGCAUACACGCAGGAGAGAAGCCUUACAGCUGUGAUCAGUGUGGGAAGAGCUUCAAUAAUUCAGGAGACCUGACUGCACACCAACGCAUACACACAGGAGAGAAGCCUUAUUUUUGUGAUCAGUGUGGGAAGAGCUUUGCUUUUUCCGGACACCUGACUGCACACCAACGCAUACACACAGGAGAGAUGCCUUAUAGCUGUGAUCAGUGUGGGAAGAGCUUCAAUCAAUCAGGAGACCUGACUAGACACCAACGCAUACACACAGGAGAGAGACCUUAUAGCUGUGAUCAGUGUGGGAAGAGUUUUGCUCGAGAUUCCACCCUGACUACACACCAGCUCACACACACACUAGAGAGAAACCUUACUCCUGUCUAUGUGGCAAGAGCUUCAAUCAUUCAGGGUCACUGAUAAAACACCAGGAAGCACAAACAUGUUUUCUUUCAUCUCCCUCCUCUCUGGCACCGGUUCCAGAUCUCUAAAUAAAGUUUCAAUAGAAAACAUCUUGUAAAGAGUCAUAUAUCUCCCAUUCUCAAACAGUUUACUAAGUCUGAUUACCAUGGUAACCUGUGAAGCAUAAUAUGCAGCUCUGGAUCCACAUGUAUCAAGCAUCUCGGAGUAGAAGUGCUGAUCUAGUGCUGUGUGGGAUGGGGGUUUUCAGAGACAUUAAAUAAUGUAGAAAAAUGUUUCAACAAUAGUAGGUGGAUAUUCAUGUAUGAGGGAAAUGUCUUAAGAGAUAGCCUUGGAUUGUACAUCUUGUCUCAUAUAAUCAUUGGUUCCUGUAGGUGCUGG